UUCAGCGGCCCAGAUUGGUAAUGGUAGUACACGACAGGAAACGAUUUAAAAUGGAGUAUUGUGUUGUCUCAAAUAUACCAUGUUCUUUUCAUUCAGCGGACUUACGAAAUUACUUUUCACAGUUUAUCGAAGGUGGAAACUUCGAUUGUUUCCAUUUUAGGCACAGACCAGAGCAACGACGAAGAAAAACAGUUGUAAACGAAGUCCAAACCUCAUUGGACUGUAAGCCAACCGAGCAGGCUUUGACGGCUGAUGAGACCGACCACAACAAUGAGAGUAGUGAGCGUAGUCGGCCUACUUCUACUACUAGGCCUACUACUAGUAGUAGUAGUAAUAGGCCUAGGCUUGUUAUGAAGAGUGGUACAUCGACUGGAAAUGUUCCUUAUGUCAACGUUGGAAAUACAAUGUGUUGCAUACUGAAAAUAAAAGAAAAUAUGUUGAUUAAAUUUAUAAAAAUGUAUAAUAAUAAACAUUGGAUAGGACGAAAUGGUUCUGUUUUAGGAAUGCGUUGUAUCAUUUCAAGAAUUACUGUCAAGGCAGAAACUGUUGAGAAAGAAAAGAUUCAGACCUUUCCUUACAAAACAAGAGGAGAAUGUAAGAUUCCUUCAGACAGAGAAGAAUUUUCACAAUCAGAUCUUGAUAGUCUAGUUGAACUUCGACCUCCAGAUAUUAUGCCAAAUGGAAAUGUUGGUACUCCAACGUCUGUGUUCCUCAACUUGAUUAAAUCAUGUCGUUUUCCGCCGAAAAUGAUAAAAAAGCUAGGCUUAACUUUUCCUAAAUCAAGGACUAAUAAAAGGUAUGGGAAUGUACCAUUUGAUUAUGGGGGAGAAGUUGUUAAUGGAGAUGAGGAAACUGAAACAAUAUUGACAGGGACAGGAAAUGAAAUCGAAGAUGAAUUAGAUGCUGACAUUCAAGAAAAUCUAACUGGUAAAUUGGAUGAGAAUGUGGAGGAGCAAAAAGAUACACAAGAAAAUCAAGAAGGAUCAGGUUCAGAUGAUGAUGAUGACACUUGCGAGGAAUGGGAAAGACACGAAGCCUUGCAUGAUGAUGUACACAGCCAGGAUCGAAACAAGGAACGCCUGUAUGAAGAAGAAAUGGAAGUGGUCUGGGAAAAGGGUGGAAGUGGGUUGGUGUUCUACACAGAUGCUGCAUAUUGGGAUGCACAAAAAGGAGAUUUUGAUGAGCGUACGUCUGAUGAUUGGGAUGUUGACACAAGCAUUUACUAUGAAAAAAAUGGUGGAGAUAAAGAUGCAAGGGAUUAUGUUCAGAUGCGACUUGAGCAAAGAUUACGAUCUGGUGAACAAAAAAUUAGCGCAUUCUCCAAGAAAAUAGGAGCAUUUGAAAAACAUACAAAGGGUAUUGGUAGAAAGGUACUUCAGAAGCAUGGUUGGAAAGAUGGGGAUGGUCUUGGGAGAACUAUCAUUGGUAUGGCAGACGCUCUGGACAAUGAAGGACAACAUCCCAAACAGAAGACAGGCUUGGGUUACCAUGGGGAGAGCUUGAGGUCAGGUGGUCCUGCAAAGAAGAGGCAGAAAGAAGGGUAUAGACUGACAACUAUCUAUGAUGACCCUCAGGAAACUGAUCCCCCAGAGAUGCUUCUACGUUCAAACUUUCCAGAAUGGAUGAAGUACAGACAAGAAGUAAAGUUUAUGAAAGCCAGUGACAAUAGCAUUAACAACAGCAGCAGUUGAGGAAGCUAAGACCAUAUUCAUAUAUAUAUAUAUGUAUGUAUGUAUAUGUAUAUAUGUAUGUAUAUAUAUAUAUAUAUAUGUAUAUGUAUAUAUAUAUAUGUAUAUAUAUAUAUAUAUGUAUAUAUAUGUAUAUAUAUAUAUAUGUGUAUAUAUAUAUAUAUAUAUUUAUAUAUAUAUAUAUAUAUUGUGAAAUACACUUUAACCAUGUAACAUUUAUGUGUAUGUAGGUUAAAUAAAUUAUAUUUUGAAGUUAAUUGUAGAAAUUUUGUUUCAUUUGGUAUUAUGCAGUGUGGCUUAUAGUGAAAAAUCAUUCUCCUGCUAUGUAAGCAAUCAUUUUCGCUACAGUUUCACAAAUUAACACAGUUGGUGUUAUGUCCUAGUGAGGAAUAUUCUUCCCUUACAUCUGAAAAUCUUCUCAUCCAGCCUAACUGCAUGUGGCUCAGGUGCUUCCCAUAGUAAUAAUAAUUAUGAUGAUGCAGAUCGUGUUCAUAAUGAUGAUGAUGAUCAUCAUCAUCAUAUUGACGAUGAUGAUCAUAAUCAAGAUGAUGACUACAAUGACAAUAGUAAUGGUAAGGAUGACCCCAAAGGAAAUACACCUGUUAUUGGUUUUCUUGUCCAAUGUAUGUUUUAAUAUGUUUCCCAAUACUUUUUUCUGUCAUUUUCAAUCUUUGCAUGUUUUUGUUACUGUAAUCUUUUGGCCGAAUAAAUGAAUGAAGUGGUAAUAGUA